GUGUACUGUUGUUGUCGCCAGCAAGAUCGAAGAAGAGUAUAAAUUUACGUCAAAUGACCAAAGUUGUCGUCUGAUACUUCUUCCAAGAAGACGCUAGAAAACACUUCCAAUAAUGCCAGAAGGAGCAGGGGAUCAAGACAUCCCCGUCCGGGUAGCCUUAAGAUGCCGACCACUGGUCCCCAAAGAGAAAUCAGAAGGUUGCCAGAUGUGCGUCAAGUUUAUUCCAAAUGAACCGCAGGUCGUUCUUGGGAAAAACAAGGCUUUCACGUAUGACUAUGCCUUUGGGCCGGACAUCUUGCAAGAGCCGGUGUAUACGUCUGCUGUCGCACCCCUUGUUGAAGGAAUUUUCAAAGGUUUGAAUGCCACCGUGCUUGCGUACGGCCAGACAGGAUCUGGAAAGACUUUCUCCAUGGGGAGUGGUUAUAAUCUAACAGACAAGGUUGCCAUGGGAAUCAUCCCCAGAGUCAUCAAGGAUCUGUUUGAUGGGAUCGACAAGAGGACGGACACAGAGUUCCUCUUAAAGUGUACCUACCUGGAGAUUCACAAAGAAGACAUCAAUGACUUGUUGAAUACGUCGCUGAAGAAGGAAACCCUGGCAGUAAGAGAGGAUCCAGAGAAUGGAAUCAUAGUGUCCGGUCUCUCAGAGAUCGCUGUGAAGACUGCCAUGGAUUUAGACCAAUGUCUAGAGCAGGGUUCUAUAGGGAGAACGACAGGAUCCACUGCUAUGAACAGCACGUCUAGUCGCUCUCAUGCCAUCUUCACCAUCAUCAUUGAGAUGAGGAAGAAAGAUGACAGUGAUAACUACUGUCACGCUAAGUUCCAUUUAGUGGACCUUGCUGGAUCAGAGAGAGCUAAAAAGACUCAGGCACAGGGUGAAAGGUUAAAGGAAGGAAUCAACAUCAACCGCGGCCUCCUCGCUCUUGGUAACGUGAUUAGUGCCCUCGGGGAUGAGAAUGGGAGAAGGGGUCACAUACCAUACAGAGACUCCAAACUGACUAGACUGUUACAAGAUGCUCUCGGAGGUAACAGCCAAACGUUGAUGCUGGCAUGCAUCAGCCCAGCAGACUCCAACAUGGAGGAGACUCUAAACACCCUGAGAUACGCAGACAGAGCCAGACAGAUCAAGAACAAACCAAUCGUCAACAGGGAUCCACAGUCUGCUGAGCUGGCUAAGCUUAGACAACAGGUUCAGCAACUACAGGUGCAGCUGUUGCAAGGGAUGUCAAUCCAUGGUGGCUCAGUACCUGCUGAAGCUAUGGAAGGAACCGGUGAUUUGAAAACCUUACUGGACAGGAAUCGUUCUCUGGAGUCUCAGAAUCAGAAGCUAACUGUGGAGCUACAGUCGUCUAUUGAUCAGACCACUCAUAUGUGUGAAAAGGCAAUCCUGGCCGAAAUGUCCCGAGACAAACUCAAGCAGAAGUUGGAAGAGCUGAAGGAGCAGACGGACAUCAGCAUUGGCGCCCUCGACGUCACCGUAUCGGCGGCCGACAACGACAAGGCCUCGGAACAGCUGGACAUCGUCCGUACCUUGCAGAAGAAGAUCAUCGAGCUGGAAAUGGAGGACAAACUGUCCAACGCCCAGACGUUGUUUGAUAGUAACUCGGAUAAGGAGAAUUCUCAGGAGACUGAUGCGAGUGCUGAGUCAGCAGAGGGGUCGUCCUCUCCCAUUGAUGCCACCAAGCAUACACUACGCCAAGCUCAGCUGGGUAGGGAGCUCCAGGAGCUCAACAAAGCUCUAGCCAUGAAGCAAGAGUUAGCUCAGACCAUGGGACAGAACGAUGAGAAGAUGACCGUCAUGAAGAUGCACUACGAGAACACCAUGAGAGAUCUGGAGAAGGAGAUUGCAACACUUCAGAAGGAGAGAGAAGGCCUGUCAUCAGCUCUGCAAGUAGCAAAAACAAACACUACAAGUAACAAAGUGAGUGAGCAACGCCGUGUGCGACUCCAGGAGUUGUCGACAGAGAUCAGCAAACUAAAGAAGAAACUCGGGGAGCAAUCCAAGCUGGUGAAGCUGAAGGAGAGGAGCGAUCAGACAUGCACCAAACUCAACACAGAUAUCCUGUCGAUGAAGCAAGCCAGAGUACGUCUAAUGAGACAACUUAAGGAGGAAGGAGAGAAGUUCAGACAAUGGAAGGCACAGAAGGACAAGGAGGUACUUCAGCUCAAGGCAAAGGAUCGGAAGCGCCAGUGUGAGUUCAGCAAGAUGACUCAAAAACAUGAGAAACAUGAGAAUGUCUUACGACGGAAGAUGGAGGAGGCUGCCAAUGCGAAUAAACGGCUGAAGGAGGCUCUUGACAAGCAGAAGGUUGUAAGACAAAAGCAGACCUCGGACAAGGCAAAGGAGAAGAACAUGGUGGGAGUGGCCAAGAGGAUAAAGAGCUGGCUUGAUCAUGAGCUUGAGGUGAUGGUGAGCGUCAAUGAAGCCAAACGCCAUCUUGGAUCUCUCCUUGCGGACCGCAAGACGCUGUCUCAACAGCUUCAUCAACUCCAACAGGAGACUGAAGAUCAGCCCCCUCAAAAGAAACUUGCCACCCCAACCAAGGCAGUGGACGUCCAUGACCGUGACAUUACGCAGCGCAUUAAAGAUCUGGAAAUGGAGCGAGAAAUGCGUAAUGUCCAGAUCUCUGACCUCCAGCAGAAGAUCGUGGACGCAGACCAAGAGGAGAAAGGGAAGUCUAGGUGGACAGAAAUAACCAGUAUGGUGGAGGCUAAAUGUGGUCUUAAAUGGCUGCUGGAGACGUGCGUUGCUGCCAAGGCUAAAGCAAAUACCACACAGAGUGACUUGGAGGAACUGAAAUACAGCCACACUGAGCUUGAGAAGGAAUCAGAGACUCUACAAGAAACGAUCUUAGAGCUGAAAGCUGACCAUGAGAAACAGAAAACUGUGAUGCAGAGAUCUCACGAAGACAAGGUGCUGUAUCUCCUGACUCAGCUGUCGCAGGCAAAGAGUCAAAGUCAGCCAAGUACUCCAAUUAAACCCUCUCUGAAAGAUGCAGAUGACCAGCUGGUCAAGAGAAUCAGGUUUCAGGAUGACCAGAUUAGAGAGUUGAGCACACUGCAUGAGCAGCUACAGGAGACAGUGGAUGAGAAUGAUCAACUACACAAGCAAUUGACACUGAUGAGCUACUCUGGGCGUAAACAGUCCCUGAUGCCCGCCAUCCGGUCCCCUGAAACCUCCCCUGAGGGAACGCCAGUGCUUAAGAAGAGAACAGCCAGACAGAGAAACAUUCCGAGGUACACAAUUCAAGAAUAUUUUCAUUCCGAAUCUGAGAAUGAUUUUGAUAACUCGAGGGACUCAGAUUGGCACCUGACACCGCACAUCAAGGCAGCACGAGGGGCACGCCCCAUAAUCACAGGAAGCAAAAAGGUCUCUCUAGAAAAGGUUGGGUGUGGAUGCAAAGGUUUCUGCAAGUCUCGUCUCUGCAGCUGCAAAAAGAGUGGGAUUGCGUGCUCUGAGAGCUGCAAAUGUGAAUCGGUGAAAUGCCAAAACAAGGGGGAUUUGAACGCAAGCGACACAGUCACCAGUACGUCCAGCGUCUUAAUGAACACGACCAUCGUCAUAUCAGAUAACGAGGACUCCACCAUUGUCUCAAAGAAACCGUCCAAGCCACCCAGCCGAGUUCUCUCCGUACUCAGCGAUAACCUCUCGACAUCAAGCAGUGACGAGUUUGAGAUCAAACCCAGAUUCAAUAGAAGCAAGCCAACCAACCCUUUCCUUGGAACCAUCGGGAAGAGGGGUCCCUCAUCAUCAGUUGACGUAGAGAACACGGGGCUUGUGAGACGGAAGCGGAAGCUUCUGAGUUCGUCUACGAGCGGCUCGUUCUUUAAGCCGCUCACUGAUAGCUGACUUAUCGGUUCAAUUUUUUACCUUGUUGAUGGUAAUAGUAUGACUGAGCCACUGUAUAAAUCAGAUGUGAAUGUCUUUGUGUGAAUGCAAAAGAUUGAGAAGAAGCUUAGAUGUUUCACUUGGUCUGAGAUCAUUAAAGGCACUGGACACCUUCAAGUAAUUGUCAAAGACCAUUAUCCUCACUCAGUUUAUCCCAACA